AUGCCGCCAAAGAGAAAAGCCACCACAAAAAAAGCACCAAAGAAGAACCAAAAAUCAGCAUCCAAUAAAUCAUCAAGACUCUAUGAAAAAUUCUUACAAGAGGAAAAGAAAAGAAUUGAACAAGUAGAUGAACACAUGCUCAAGUUUGUUGAAUCAACUUGUUAUGAAAAUUAUCAAAAGAAUGAUGAUAAGAAAGUACGAAAUUAUGAUGAAUUUUGUGAUUUGAUGAUGGAUGUAUUGGUAAGAAAGAAGAGAAAAUAUGAAAUGGAACGUGUACCUUCUUUAAUCAAAUCAUUACCACCAGAAGUUGUUGCCUAUUCUAUUGUUCCAUUUAUGGAUUUGGAAAGUGUAUUGAAUGGAUCAGUGUUUUUGGUUUGUCGUUCUUGGUACGAAGGUAUGAUUGAUGAGGAAAGAAUGUGGCAAGAAUUGUUUUGUAGAUUGUGGGAUAUGACAUUGGAAAGUUUGAAAAAUUGGACUAAAUGGCCAACACAAUACGACAGCAAUGAUACACAUGUAGAAAUUAACAGAACUACUCGUUUUACAACAAAACCAACUAUAUUUAAAAAGAGUGGCAAGGAGAUGAUUAAAAAGCACUCAUAUCAAUUUAUGAAGGAAUUUUGUUUGUUAAAACACGCAAGUUUUAACAAACAUUCAAGAAUUGGACCUGUGAGAGCUUUCUUUUUAACUACCCAUCAGGAUAAUAGUUAUGCUGAUACUACUCUUAUUGCACCAUCCCUUUAUUCAAGAUUUCACAUUACAUCUGUAGAUCGCAAGUUGACCUAUAUUAGUGUAACUGAUGAUGGAGAUACUGACAAUACAAUAUCAAGUAUUCACUUUACAUUGGAUUAUUAUACUGCACUCAUUCCUUUUUCUAUGAGGAUUGAUGUUGACUAUAGUGUUUCCUAUAGUGGUGAAGCUCAUGAAAAAGGUAUUUCUAUUUCUGUAUCUAGAUUACACAGUGACUUGAAAAAACCAAAAAACCAAACUAAACUCAUCUUGAAACAAAGUGAUGGGAAUAGAGAACAAGCUAUUUCAACAUUUAAGAAAGAAUGGAUUGGACAAGAUUUUGUAAAUAUUGAUGAUGAUGGUCAAUGUUGGUUGUUCAAAUUUAUUUCAACAUUGGGCAUUAAUUUGUUGGAUGAAGCAUUGUACCGAAUUAAUGAUUGUUAA